AAUGGAUACUGCCUUCUUCACCUUUUUCUAGGUAGCAUCAUUUGCUCGCUAACGUACUAAUACGAUCCACCGUCCCACCUCAACCUCUCAUUCUCGUCUCCAAAUCCCACGAACCUCAUUAUCAUUUGCGCCGAUACGAUCCCUCACUCUCUGUCGCCAUGGACUUGGCUCAAAAGCUAGUACGCUCCGUCGCGCGCGCCUUUUACACCGAACCCGAAGAGCGACGAAUGAUUCUUGUUAUUGACGCUCUCGUCCAUCAUACCACCCUGCGCGAUGACGACAUGUCUUAUUUGUUGCGACUGAACACGAAGGAUCUGAACAAAGUUUACAGUAGACUUCGGGAGGAUCGCCUAUUACACACUUAUGCUCGAUCCGAGAUUAAAGAGGGUAAAGAAAAGGCAUCUACCCGUAACUACUACUACAUCGACUACCGCCAGGCCAUUGAUGCUAUCAAAUAUAAGACUUUUAUGCUUGAUAAAAAGGUACAAGGAGAGGCCAUCCCCGCCCAAGAGAAGAAGGAGUACUUUUGCAAGCGUUGCGGAGCGCAGUGGACCCAGUUGGAAGUUUUGGACAACAUGGACCCUCUGAGGGGUUUCUUGUGCCAUCGCUGCAACAGUCUUUUGGAUUUCGAUCCUGAACGCGCUGCUGGUGGCCAUGAAUUGUCUACUAAACUGAAUAGCCAACUGAAGUUCAUUAUCGACGUCCUCCCUAAACUCGACACUAUCACUAUUCCCGAGUUCGACUUUGAGGCAGCCUAUGCUGUAUCUCUCCGCGUUGAAAGGGAGCGUGGUAAUUGGGUCGCCCCUUCGGUGGCCGCGGAAAGCAUAAAACCCACUGCCGUGAAAGGUCUAGCGAACACAGGUCCCCAGAGUAUUGCCAUCAGCAUUACCGAUACCGACGGCCCUACCGAAGCCGAGAAGGAAGCUGAGCGCCUCAGGAAGGAGGAAGUUGCCCAGAUGAAUGCUUUGCCCUCCUGGCAUACUACUAGCACUGUUAGUGGCAUAUCAUACUCUGGGGGUCCUAAUCCUGCCGUAGCAGCAAAAGCCGACGAAGAUGACGUCAAGAAGCCUGAGGAAUCGGGUACCGAUGCAAGUCAUGAAAAAGCGAUGGAGGAACUCUUCAGAAACUUACAGAAAUCUCAAGAAGAGGAGGCAAGACGUAAGGGAGAGGAGGAUGAUGAUGAAGACGACGAAGAUGAGGACGGCGAGAGCGGAGGUGAAGAAUUUGUGGACAUCUCCGCGAACGUUAGCUCCGUGGGCGAGAAACGUUUCGCGUCGAGCGGCCCCACUAGUGCCGCGGACACUCCUGCUUCGGAGGAUAGGCCAUCUAAGAAGGUGAAGGUAGAAGAACCCGCCAACGACGGCGAUAGCGAGGACGAGGACGAUGUCCAAUUCGAGGACGUCUAAUCCUUGUGAGAUGGCAUAAUGCGGUAUAUCGAGGGUGAGGCUUGAGCACGAGGUAAGGACACGGAGAGAAGAUGACAAGGGAGCUGCAUCCUUACAAUACAGAGAUACCCUAUAUAUAGAGAAGGCAUAGCAUAUUCAUAUCU